AGUAAGUUGGUAAGUCAAGUUUUAAUGAUAUUCGGGUUGCUUGAGUUCUUGAUGUGGCUGGAGGCUCGAGAGCAGCGGGUGAAGUUGCUGGAAGUAGCUUGAGGUAGCUAUGGCUUGAGGUGAGGAUGGUGGUUCUUGGUGUUCCGAGAGGUUCUGUGGCUCAGGUAAUCCGGUGACUCAGGUGUCCACUCGUGGUCAGAAUGUCCUGAAGGCGAGUCAAUACAAAAGUUAGAUGUGACCAUGAACACUUGGAGUAAACUAGCCAUGAGAUCAAGUUAUGCACCAUCAGAGGCAACGAACUGGUGAUAAAUGUGGUUCUGGACCUCCUUAAGUAGAUCUGGUCGGUGAUGAGGUGAGUGGCCACAGCUGGGAAUCAUCAGGAGCCAAGCAGAGAGAGGAGGGGGAGGAAAGCUGACAGAGGCACAUGACAGCUUUCCUAUUAAUAUAAAAGCACCUGUUGUUUUGCUUGGUGCCUGGAUUAAAUGGGUGUUCAAUCUUAUUCAAAGUACACUACAUUGCUUAGUGCAGACAUCAUAGGCUUUUAAUUACAGCACAAUAAUUACAUUUCUCUUCACCUACAGCCAAGAAUUUGUUUGCUGCUGCCACGUUCGUGUAUCUGUAAGGUGUAACGCAGACACAGUAGCAUUGGAACGGUGGGUGAGUAUGAAUUUUGCAAGGAUUUGAAGGAGAGGAAAGAGGGUCCAUUCUCUCUCUUUCUCUCCCAUCCUCUGUCACUCUCACUAAGCGCUGAGUGAGAAACCAUUCUCUCCUCACAUCUCUGUGCGUUGCUGUUGAGGCUGCAAGAGGACCAUAAAAAACUAAAGGGCUUCAGAACGAGGGGUUCAGAAGAAAAAGAGGGACAACAAAAAGCUUGAAAAGAAGAAAAAAAAUGAACCUGGUCCAUCGAGGUGAAAAGGCAGUUUAAGGGGAUUUUUUUUCCAAUUUUUAAUUGGUUUCCCUGUGGAGAUAUGGAUACCUUCAUGGAUGAGGAUUUCCGAGUGGCAAGUAACAUUAGCCAAGAAACAGAAAGACUGGAUGAGCACAAAAGACAAGCACUCAACCAAAGUGACCCUUUGGACAUGUUUGUGGGCAUGGAACUUCUUCUGAGAUUUAAACCGCUGUUCGUACCUCUCUACUGCCUGGUAGUGGUUGUGGCUGGUGUUGGAAACUCAAUCCUCCUGGCAUGUAUCAUGGCUGACAAGAAGCUCCACAAUGCCACCAACUUUUUCAUUGGUAAUCUAGCCGCCGGGGACCUGCUGAUGUGUUUGAGCUGCGUUCCACUGACUGCCUCCUACGCCUUUGACAGCCACGGUUGGGCGUUUGGACGAUCUCUUUGCCACUUGGUGCCCUUGUUGCAAUGUGCAACAGUCUUUGCUUCAGCACUUUCUCUCACUGCUAUUGCUGUGGACCGCUACAUCGUUGUAGCUCACCCAGUACGGAGGAGGAUCUCAGUGUGGAGCUGUGGCGCAGUGACUUUGGGUGUUUGGCUGUUGUCUUUGACUUUGGCAGCACCUCCAUCUUUCUACACAAGCUAUGUUGACCUUCGGCCCAGCGGCGUCAACCUGGUGGUGUGUGAGGAAUUCUGGCCCAACAACGGCAACCUGCGCUUGCUUUACUCAUGCUUCAUUCUAAGCACAUCCUACAUGAUUCCACUGCUGUCUGUCAGCAUGUCAUACUGUGCCAUCACUGUCAGCCUAAAGCGCUACUCAGUUCCUGGAGAGCAAUCCAUCAGUCAACAACGAUGGAGCAAAAGGCGAAGGAAGACCUUCUCUCUGCUGGUGGCCUCGGUGUUGGCUUUUGCCCUGUGCUGGUUGCCUCUUCAGGUACUAAAUCUGAUGAUGGAUCUGGACCCAGACUUCCUCAUAAUAGGGAAACGCUACAUCAAUCUCUUACAAGUUUGCUGUCAUCUAUUGGCUAUGAGCUCCUCAUGUUACAAUCCCUUCAUCUAUGCCUCAUUACACAGCAAGGUGCGCAUGCAUCUGAAAGGCUACCUCUGUCCCUGUCGCAACCGCAAGAGUGGAAUGGUGGAGAGACCCACGUCCAGGAGCUGAUGUUCUGGCACAACAGAGUGACAUGCAAAGUCUGCCUUUUCCCACAAGCUGACAUUUGAAUCCUAAUGUCAGGGUUUGAAAAAAAAUGCAAAACUAAUUUUCCUGGUGAGUUCAAAUCAAAUAGUAUUAAGUGUUGUAAAGACAUUUCAUCCUCUCUUGCGCCUCACCAAUCCAUUGAAACCAAAAAAAAACAUAGAUUAAGAGUCCACAUCUGAUGAUAGGAUUAAGUGAUGAUAUUUUUUUUUCUUUUUGGUCUGCUGAAUUACAGGCACAGAUAUUUAAAAAAAUAAAAAUAAAAAAAAAACACUCCAGGGACCUCGUUGCAGCACACUUAACACACACUGGUGGCUGAAACUGGUUCAUGUAGUAAACGCUUAACUGACAGCAUUUAUUUCUCUUACCAUAUAUGGAUAAAAGGAUGACAAGAGGAAAUGUGCAAAAGGACCCCUAAUUAUUUUACUAUAUCCCUAAUUAAGUGUAUUUUCAGUUCAUAAGAAUCACUUACAUUUUAAUGAUGUGAAAAUGCAACCUGCCUAAUUAUUUGUAGUGUUUUUAUAGUGAUGUGAGUUAUUUUCCUCCGAAAUUUUCAGGAUAGAGGCCAAAAAACCUUUACAUGGACAGCAAUUCUGUUGCCAGUUUGUAAUCAGUGCCAAACACAUGAAAACGUUGCCUGACGUGCAGAGUUCUGUGUAUCUGUUCUGAAAACGAUAAAGACAAUUUUCAUCACACUGUUGAAAUAAGAAUCCAUAUAUCAUAUCAUAUUGAAUGUGAUUUGUGGUUUUUGCUUGGACCUUGGGCUGUGAUUCUUAGACGUGGGAAGAUUUGUUUAAAAGUUUAGUUUACAUAUCUUUGACUGAAAAUAACAGUGACAAAGAAGGAUUACCAGACUUCGCGAUCAUAACCCUCAUCCGAUUAGAUUAGCAAUUCAAGGCAGUUGAUAGAAGAAAGAAAUUGUACAGAGAAGAGCAAAGUACUAAAGUUAUGACUGUGAAAGCAGUAAAAUUAAUCAACUUUUGGCUGAAACAUGCAGGCGACUGGAAAAGUCACACAGACGGAUUAGGACUGCUAAUGGUAGUGAUAUUCAUGGCCCAUGACUAAAAUAUCACAGCAAAGGUGCCAUUUGGGAGUGACCACUGUCACUACUGUGUUUGGAAGGAGAAAAAAAAGAUUUCUCUGCCCUUUAAAAGUGACAAGAAUGCUGUCAAUAAUCUUGUUUGAAGAGGAAUGCUAAGAGACAUGAGUACAAUAGAGUUUUAAGACCACCAGAAAGAAAAAAUAUUGAUUUGAUUGAUUGAUUGAUUGAUUGAUUGAUUGAUUGAUU